AAAUUAAAGAGGCAGUUAGAGACAGAUCAGAUAUAGCACAACACCGUGGUCCACCGCAUUUAAGAAAAGCAAAAUUGUUCCAAUCCUUUUCCGUGACAUCACCACGAUUCUCUUCAAAUUAUCAAGAACCAUUCCACGUGUCACUCUUUAAACAACGAGUCCACAAAACCACAGUUACCCCCUCGAUGCACCAGAUAACUCCUUCAGGCGCCAACACACAGAAAGACCAAACAACCAUUCUCUCACGGUUCAUCUCAUACUUGGUUCUUCUCACCUUGAUCGAAAUUUCCUUCACAAAAUCUUCCUCAAUAUCUUCGUCAUUCACAAAAAAAAAAAAAAAGUACUAAUUAGGGUUUUAGCUUAAACAAAAAUAAUUUUCUUAAAACCUAGGUUAUUUCACAGUAUUUAAUCUGUGAAUUGCAAUAUUUUUCUAGGGUUUCAAGUUUCAUUCACGAAAAAUGGGUGAAUGGCAUGAUUGGCAAUCUCUUCUUCAAUCAAUUUUCAUCGGUUUAAUCUUCUCUUACCUUCUUGCAAAACUCAUAUCCAUCGUCGUUUCAUUCAACAACGAAAAUCUCACAAUCACACGCAACACAAACCCCAACGCCGUCGUUUCACACGAUGAUACCAAACAAGACGACGUCGUUUCUGAUCCCGGACACCGUCCCGAAGCCGAAGCUGAGUCGGUUAUGGCUGAGCAAGGUAGCAUCAGAAACGAAAGCGUUGACGGUGGUGAUGAUGAUUACGAUGAUGAUUGGGAAGGUGUUGAGAGUACUGAAUUAGAUGAGGCUUUCAGCGCUGCUACUGCUUUUGUUGCUGCUGCCGCCGCGGACCGGCUUUCGCAGAAGGUGUCGAAUGAUGUUCAGCUUCAGCUUUAUGGGUUGUAUAAGAUUGCUACUGAAGGUCCUUGUAGUACGGCUCAGCCUUCUCCUCUCAAAAUGACGGCUCGUGCUAAAUGGCAAGCGUGGCAGAAAUUGGGUGCUAUGCCUCCUGAGGAUGCAAUGCAGAAGUACAUUGACAUUGUGUCGGAGCUAUAUCCUACUUGGCUUGAUGGUGCACCUUUGAGAAGUAAAACCGGCGACGGUGGUGGCCCAAGUUCAGAGGCUCGGGGACCAAUGGGACCAGUAUUCAGCUCUUUUGUUUACGAAGAGGAAUGUGGCAGUGACUCGAAAAUGGAUGCCAUUCACGGAUUUGCUAGAGAGGGAGAUAUGACUAAUCUACUAAAGUGUAUUGAAAGUGGAGUUUCAGUGAAUUUGAAGGACAGUGAAGGCCGGACACCGCUACACUGGGCUGUGGAUCGUGGUCACCUUAAUGUCACAGAGCUGCUGGUUGGCAGGAAUGCUGAUGUAAAUGCCAAGGAUAAUGAUGGACAAACUCCACUGCAUUAUGCUGUUACGUGCGAGAGAGAAGCCAUAGCUGAAUACUUGGUGAAGCAUAGUGCAGAUAUCCAUUCAGAAGACAAUGAUGGCAGUUCAUCGCGUGACAUCUGUAGUUCUAAGUGGCCAUUUAUGCAGCAUGAGGAAGAAGUGAAAUGAUUGUUCAUUUUGUAUGUUGUUGCUUCUGGCUACUACAUCCUUGCCCAAAUCCCUUCAGGAUGUACGUGUCCAUAUAACUUUUUUUUUUUUUUUUUCUUCUUACUCUUGGUGUAUACACUACACCCUUUUCACUGUAGUCUACACCUAUGCACCGCUUAGGUAAUGGUUAAUGAAGUAUAUUCUGUUUUAUUGUUUC